GACGAACGUCAUAUCCCCAAACAGAUAGCUUGUGCUUUUAAAGUAGGACAACUCCUGAUGAGUUAUUAGUUUAUUUCCUCUUUAAGCAAUUAGAAUAAAGCGAAGUGCGGGUGAAACAUGGCUGGUUUGCCUCCGGGGGACCCACAGCUGGUCUCAAUGAUCGUCAGUCAUUUAAAAACACAGGGGCUCUUCGACCAGUUCAGGAGGGACUGUCUGGCAGAUGUUGAUACAAAGCCUGCUUACUUGAAUCUGAAACAAAGAGUGGACAACUUUGUGUCCAACCACCUCUCUAAUCACACAUGGAGCCCUCAUCUGAACAAAAACCAGCUGAGAAACAACAUCCGACAGCUCGUCCUGCAAUCCGGUAUGCUGGAGCAGGGGGUGGAUAGGAUUGUAGCCCAGGUGGUGGACCCCAAAGUCAAUCACAUCUUCAGGCCGCAGGUGGAGAGGGUGGUCCGUGAAUUUCUGUCACCAGGCAGCUGCUCUGAAGAGCCGAUGGCUCCUCUUACACCAGCGGAGAUCAAGACAGAGAGCAACAUUCCUGAACAAGCUUCAUCAUCAGCUCCAACUCCUGCCACCGGCAGCAAUGCCAUGUCCAUUCUGGAGACUAUCAGUUCUCUCAAUCAGGAAGCAAGUGUCCGGACCAGUUCAGCUUCUGAAAAGGCCGGCAAAACUCAGGCUGGGGAUGAGCCCAUGGAGCUGGUGGAGGAGAGUGAGAGCGACAUGGAGAUCAUCCAGGAUGGUGACAGUAACCUAGAAGGAACGCGUCUGGAAGAUUCAAAUGCAGCUGAAGUCCAAGCAGCAGAAGUAAAGACAGAAAACCUGGAGGAGCAGAUGGAGGUGGAGAAGGAGCCACUAAAAGAGGAGGUAAAAGUUGAGGAGGAGGAAUUAGGAGCUCUGGAAAAAACGGAGGAAAAGAAGGAAAAACCUGCAAGCAAACUGGGCGGAAAGGCGUCUGAGGACAAAUCAGAAGAUGAAGCGGUAAAAUCUACGAGCCAGGCCAAGCAGAAGGCCAGAGAGAGGAUAAAGGAGGAAUAUUCUCUGGAGGACUCGGACCUGGAAGGCCUGAGUGACAUCACAGUGAGCUCCGUCCACACCAGCGACCUGUCCUCUUUCGAAGAGGAAAGUGACGAGGAUGAGGAGCCCUCGGAUUCUUCUGAGGAGGGCGAGCUUCCAGCAGACGAUCAAGGUGAGAAAGCUGAGAGGAAACCGACCGCAGAUGAGACAGACGGUGAAGACAAGGAGCGAAAACCUCGCCGUAAGGCGUAUGUCCACAAACCAUUCCUCUACUCCCGUUACUAUAGCGACUCAGAUGACGAGGUCACUGUGGAGGAGCGUCGUAGAUCUGCUGCUAAAGACAAAGAGGACCGGCUGCUAAAGAGACAGCAGAACAGAGAGCGGCUGGAGGAGAAGCGCAAACAGAAAGCAGCGCAGGCGGAAGAGCAAGACAAAAGAAAAACGAAAGGUUCUGACGCUGCUGGGCUGGAGAGCCCCAAAGCCAAAGAAGCCCGGAAAGAAAGGAAAGUUCUGGAGAAGAAAAUGGCGCUCAACAGGAAGCGGAAACUAGACUCAAGAAAAGAGGGAGAUGUGUUUGUAAGGAAGAAAGGAGACGCAGGAGAGAUAUCCAAGAAAUCGGAGGUGAAACAAUCGACUUCAAAAGCCCCGCAAGCUAAACUAGUGAGAAAUCUGUCUGAAUCUGCCUCCGCAGACGACAGGCCUGGGCGCACAAGCGGCAGCGUGUCUGAGGACUCCAGUGAAACUAAGAAGCUGUCUGAGAAAAGCCGGACACACUCGUUCAUCCUGGAUCUGGAACAAGGCUCCCAGGAGGCCCUCAAACAGCGCUCCUUUGGGAAGUUUGACCGUCUGCCCCGAAAAGAACGCAAGGAGAAGGAGCGCAGCCAGUCUGACGAACGCUCCAAGCUCAAACAAAAGCACGAGAAGAAACCUGAACAUCUGGUGGAAGAACCUCUGCAGAGGGACGGUGGUGCAAGAGUUCCCUCUGAAGAAAAGACUGAGAAGAAGGUUAAGGUUAAAAGUGAGAAGAAAAUAUCUGGGAGUACUAAAGAAGGAAAGGUGACAGAGGACAGCACUGAUGAAGGAGGGUCUAAAGAUCCGAAGAAAAUAAAAGGAGGAUCUAUGGAGAAGGACAAAAUAAAGGAAAAAGAUAAGAGCAAAGAAAAGGAAAAGGUUAAAGGAGAUAAAUCUUUAAUGAAAAGUGAUCUAAAGCAGCUGAAUCGCCCAGAUUCUGCGGGAUCCUCUGAGGACCGCUCCGAUAAGGAGCCCAACUCUGAAAGCACCAAGAAGAAAGAGAAACACAGUAAGGACGUGUUGAAAAGGUCAAAGAGUCACUCUGAGGACAGACCCGGAGAUAAACCCAAAUCUAAAACGGAUGGUGAGAAAGAGAGGAGUAGAACCGACGGCCAGAGGACGCACAAGUCUAACCCUGAAACUGAAAAAGAUUCCAAAAAGGUAAAGCCUGCAGAUAAAGACAAGAGUGCCGAAAAACCAAAGGCAAAACCCAAAGAGGAGGCAAAGGCUGCAUCAUCGGUGAAGAUGGAAAAGAAACCUCAGAGUCCUGAUGUCCGAAGCGCUUUGAUCUGUAAACCUGAAGCAGUGAAAGGGAAGAAAAAAGAUGGAAGCCAAAAAGAACAGAAGAAAGCGUCUGAAGAUGCUGCACUUGAAAAGUCAGAGCUUAAGAUGUCAAAGAAAAAGCUGGAGAAGAAAGAUAAAGUCCCUGAAAAGAAGAUUGAGAGACAAGAAGAUAAACCCCAGAAAGAUGACAGAGCGGAAACCUCGGUCAAACCCUCCAGGUCAGACGAGCCUCCAAAGAAACAAGCUCCUCUCCAAGAGGCAAACACAGAGUCUGAUCCCCCUACCGCCACCACGUCUUUCUCAGACGACACCUGCGACGCUUUAAGUGACAUCACCCCCGAGCCAUCUGAGGGAGAGGCGGAGUCACAGCCUCCCGAAAACCCAGGAGUACGCGCCGAGGCCAACGCCCUGAUGACGCUGAUGGACGUCUGCGCGUCGGCCGAGGCCAGACUCUCAUCUGAGAGUCCUAAAGAGGAAGUGACUCCAGAGAUGGAGCUUCAGGACGCCGACAUGAAGAUGAAGGAAGCCGCCCUGACCUUGCUCUCCAUGGAUCCCGAUAGUACAGUUUCCUCCAGCGUAGGCACCCACGGCCUGAGGGAAGACCCACAGUCCAUGGAUACCACAGAGACAGCAUCUCUAUCAGGGCCGAUGGUCACUGAAGCUUCACCGGCUGCUUCGGAACACUCCUCUCCAGUGGAAGCCUCCCUUCAAAUCGAGCUUACCGUCCCUGAAACUAGUCUGGAAACAUUUCAGCAAACAUCUGGAGCUCAGGAGGAAAGGCCUCUUCAUCUGGUGGAGGCAGCAGCUGAAGGUUCUGCAUCUCCACAAACAGCUGCAGAGAAGGAGGAGAAAGAGCUCCCCCCAGUGGAUGCAGCACCUGGAAUCGAGCUCGCCGACACUGAAGCUAUAACUCCUGCAUCUCCACAAACUGCAGCUGAAGAGGUAAAGCAUCCCUCUCCAGGGAAGGCGGGACCUCAGGUUGAACCCGUCGCAGCCGAGGCUUCCGCAGGUUCACCUCCACAAACCACUGCAUCUGAAGAGGAAAAUCAGAUUUCCUUCAUGCAAGCAGCAGCUUCAGGUGAGCCUACAGCCAGUGAAACCGAACCAACUCAGGAAAAUGCUGCUGAAGCGAAGGACCAGGAGCAACCGGCACAGGUUGAUGCACCUGAGGCCCCAGGUGUUUUAUCUUUACAACCUGCAGCUGAAGAGGUACAGCCUCCCUCUUUAAAGGAGGAAGAACCUCAAACUGAACAGAUUGCAACUGAGGUUUCAUCAGCUUCACCUCAACGAACCGCUGCAUCCAAAGAGGAAAGUCAGCUUUCCUUCAUGCAAGCUGCAGCUUCAGGUGAUCUUACAGCCCCAGAAACCAAACCAGCUGCAUCUCUGCAAACCACUGCUGCAGCUGAAGACCAGGAGCAGCUGGCUCUGGUUGAAGCACCUGAAGCCUCAGGUGUUUUAUCUUUACAACCUACAGCUGAAGAGGUAGAGCCUCCCUCUUUAAUUGAGGAAGCUCCUCAAUCUGAACUGACUGAGGUUUCAUCAGCUUCACCUCAACAAACCACUGAAUCCGAAGAGGAAAAACAGAUUUCCUUCAUGCAAGCAGCAGCUUCAGGUGAGCUUACAGCCACUGAAAGCAAACCAUCGCAGCAAACUGCUGCUUUAGCUGAGGACCAGAGUCAGCUUCCUGUAACAGAGACUCCGCUGGCUGCUGGUGAGGCAAACCAGCCCGCCUCUCACGUCCAAGAAGCACCAGAGACGGAGAUCAGUCCCAUGGAAACCUGCUCAUCUGCAUCACAACUCCUGGAUGAACCGGAAAGCUCUGAAUCCAAGAUGGAUGCUUGUGAGACAAACAAUGCAGACAAGGCUCCUCUGGAGGAGGGUGAAGCCAUCUUUGAAUGUCCAGAUUCUUCCAAGGAGGAAUCUAAAACUAUUGAAACUUUAUCAGCACCAGCAGACAAAGACAAUGAUUUGUCACCUGUUGUACCAGAAACAGAGGAGACCACCAGCGGCACAGGAGAGAGAACAGCUGGAGCUGCUUCUGGAGCCUCUGAGCACGUUUCAGAAAUUCUCAGUGAAUCUGAGCCAAACGCUGCAGUCAGAGAGAGCAACCCAGAGGUCAGGAAAGAAUGA